CCAAGAUGCAGACGACCAAACGAGGGACUUCGGAGUGAAGAAUCGAGGAGUAAGAAAGAAAAUAUAGCAACUAAGAACGAAAACUAGAGAAUAGAGAUCCAAUCGUGGUGUUUCACAGUGCUGUGUGUAAGUACAACAUAAAGAUGGCUUCAGUGCUGAAAAUAAGAGAAGGCAUUUUCAAGAUUUCAUGGGAACAAAAAGAUCCCGAGGAGUACGGGUACAGUUAUGACUUCAGCAAAUGCAAUGUAAGAGUAGAAAUUUCGCCCGGGAUUACUGCAUUGUGCAGAGUCUCAGGUCGACGAGAAGGGUUAAAGAGUUUUCAUAGAGAAGAUAUUAUUGUACUUGAGAUCGAAAUUGAUUUUUCUCCAUUAAGGAAGCCCCGAAAUCUGGAUAUUAUUGUCGUUCAGGUUAGUAAGAAUCAAGUUAACCGAACAAUGAAGUUGGAAAAUUCAAAAUGGACAGCUGAAUUCAACAAAACCGAACAAGAAUACAUGCCUUGCGGAGAGAUUGGAUUCAACUUUGAAAUCAUAAUUGAUUUAGCAUCUGAUACCACAGAGAUGAAAAAAACGAAACACGUUCUCGAUCACCUCCUGAACCUGUGGAUUGAGAAGCCGCUUGCUGACGUCACAUUCAAGUUUAAAGAACAAGUAAUCAAAGCUCACAUGAUGAUCGUUUCAUCCGGAAGUCCCGUAUUUUGCGCCAUGUUCCAAAAUGAUUUCAAAGAAAAGCUGGAAAGAACGGUGGAAAUCCAAGAUAUUCGGCCAAACGUUUUCGAGCAUCUUCUUCGCUACAUCUACACGGGGGAUGCCGACCUGGACAACGUAAAUGUGGCUAGUUUGCUAACAGCUUCCGAGAAAUACGGAAUGGAUUCUUUGAAAGAGGAGUGCGCAUUGCGUCUGUCACAAGAUCUCAACGUUGAAAAUGCCGUACGAAAUCUUGUCUUGGCUCACCUUAACAAUUCCCUGGUGCUGCAACAAUAUACAUUGGAUUUCAUUUCGAAGAAUUCAAAAACUAUUUGCUGCCGAGCAGACUGGAUGGAACUGAUCAAAAACUAUCCGGAGCUCAGCUUUGCGGCAGUGAAGAAGAUGGUGCUGGGCUGAGCCGCUGAUGGAGUAAAGACAAUAAUCAUUGGCUUAACUGGUGCCCUCUUUACAUAUUCUUUGCAUUGUGUAAUGUAAUACGAACAAGCGACACGGAAAUUGGAUUUCAGAAAUACAUUCAUUUUUAAUUCUCUUGAAA